AUGAAGACUCUCGACACCCCCCCGUCAGAGUUGUCGAGGCAAGACCGGACUGCUGAAGUCCCCGCGAAGCUGAGGUUGAAAACGAGUCAGAUGUUGCACGAAACAGGCGUCGUUAUCGGUGCCAACUAUCGGUUAAGGCUUCUCAGAACACAUCCAAACCCUGCAGCGAUGCGGGCACAUUUGAAGCAGACAGGUAUUCACGGCCAGAGACUCAGAUGGGGAUGGGUUGACGGGGUUGGAGAGAUGGUUCAGUGCCAAGCCGUGUGCUUCCCACCAACAACGCCCGAUCCGGAUAAUGAGCAGCAAAAUUCGAUCAUGGGCUCUCUUCUGGCCCGAACAACCCGACAACCUCUUAGGGUUGCCCGUCGCACCUUCAUCGCUACCCCUAUCAGACAAGCCGAUCUCAUACAGGAUAUGUACCUCCGCGAACUCCGCGCCUACAAACCCCCACCAACCAAACCCUCCGAUGCCGAUGCGCACGUCCAGAAAUUCAGCAUCCCCAAGCCCCCCCCGUCCCCCGAGGAGGCCAACAUCGCCGCUGAUCUGAAGGCAUACGAGUCCCAAGAGGUCGAGGUGGAAGGCCAAGCGGCUAGCGGCGAGGCUGCUCCCGUCGAGGAGGAUUGGUUUGAGGAUGAAGAUGAGGCACCCGCUGCCCAUUAA